GCAUUUUCCUUUUUUCUCCCCGCUCUCUGGCUUGUUCUGCUGUUCACCUGUCGCGUUCUUCUCCUUCUCUCUCGCUCCUCUUUCUCUCGAUUCUUCUGCCCGUUUUUUCGCCUUCUCUUCUCCCCGUUCUCGCUGCGAGUUCCCCCCACAACGAGGGAAGUAGGUCUGCCUCUCCUGGAGGCGGCUGCAGUUCGUUCGGUCGCACAAGGGCGGAGGCAUCCGGACAGAAAAGCGAGGCCAGAAAUUCAGCCGAUCGAAGUUCUUCAAGUUCUUGAGAAGCUGUGCCUUCUCGUCGCAGCGUGUUGUUCUCCUCUCUCCACUCUUAGAGUGAAAACUUCUUCUCUUCACGGCCUCCUCCUUCGCCUUCUCCUCCCUUCUCCCAUCGGCCUCCCUUCCCCUUUUCUCUUUUUCUUUACGCAGAAACGCGAGAGUGGAGUCUCUUCUUCACUCUCCUCAGCGGUGUCUCUGCCUGGUUUGUGCGUGUACCGCGGCCUCGACGGCGCGUCGCCAGGGCGCGAUUUUCUCUACUCCUCUCUUUCUCUUUCUCCCUCUCUCCGACUUCUUCUCUCCCGCUUUGCCUCCACCUCAGCGACGCUUGCCUUUCGCUACCGUGCGUUUUCUUCCACACUUCGCAAUGGCAGACGACGAAAUCGACCAUAUGUUUGCGGGGGAACCUGGUGGCUUGGGAGACGACUUUGGCGAGGACUUCGGAGACGACGAAUUAAUCGAUGACUUCGACGUGGAACGCGCAGCUGCGGCCGCAAGCCACGAACCGGAAUCGGACAUUCUCGACCCAAGUGACCCUAGAGCAGCCCGACCCCACGCGCGACCGAGUGAGGGUCCGAGGAUCACGAGUCCGUACAUCACGAAGUUCGAGAAGGCUCGCGUCAUAGGGACGCGCGCUCUCCAAAUCAGCAUGAACGCGCCAAUCACGAUUCCGCUGGACGGCGAGACAGAUCCGCUUAUUAUCGCAGAGAAAGAGCUGUAUCAGAAGACCAUUCCCUUCACCAUUCGCAGGUACCUCCCCGACGGCAGCUACGAAGACUGGAAAAUCCAGGAACUGAUCGUCGACUAAAAGACGCAGAGCGUCUGUGCGCCUCUCUCUUUCUUCUUGCCGACAGACAAAGGAAGAGAGAGCGAACGAA